AUGAGUACUGCAUUUUUGUAUGUAUAUGCUUUGAUAAAGUGUGGUGUUGCAUUUGUUUACUCCUUUUCGAUAAAGUGGCAGGACAGUGUUGGCAGCUGCAUUACUUUACUCUUAUUUAUCACAGUUGAAAGGCAUUUGUUAAAAGCUUUUGUCUGUUUAAAGUGUGGCAAUGCUUUUAUGUUAAAUGUGCAUUGCAUUUGUGUUGUCAGGAUGAAUGAAACUGUGGAAUUAAUUAUACAUCAUGGUGGGAAUUUCGUGCAAAAGCCUAAGUUGAAAUAUUUGAAUGGGGAGACAGAGGUAGUGAGGGUGGACCCUGAUGUUAUAUGCUAUCCACACUUACUCAAGUAUAUAACAAACCAAAGAUAUGGGAAAAUAACAUCUCUGACCUAUAAGUCUACCAAGGAACCCUUUAAAGCUUUAAAACUAUUAAAUAAUGAUGCUAGUAGUCUACACUUAGCUAAGAUUGCUGUUGAAAAUAAAAGGGUUGAGAUAUAUGUGGAGCAUGGGGUUGAUGAGCCUGAAGUAGUUGGUUUAUGUUUACCUGGGACUGGAGUUCAACCUGAGGCAGAGUUAGGAGCUGAGGAAGGGGGGGCUGCAUAUGAAGUUGAGGGUGAAUUAGGAGCUGAGGAAGGGGGGGCUGCAUAUGAAGUUGAGGGUGAAUUAGGAGCUGAGGAAGGGGGGGCUGCAUAUGAAGUUGAGGGUGAAUUAGGAGCUGAGGAAGGGGGGGCUGCAUAUGAAGUUGAGGGUGAAUUAGGAGCUGAGGAAGGGGGGGCUGCAUAUGAAGUUGAGGGUGAAUUAGGAGCUGAGGAAGGGGGGGCUGCAUAUGAAGUUGAGGGUGAGGAUGUAAGUGGGGGUGAAGACUAUGGAUUUGGAAGUGACUAUGAUACUAAUAGUAGCAGUGAGCAUUUAACUAGUGGCAGUGAACAUGACUCAGAGGUCAGUGAGCAGACUACAAGGGUGAAGAGAAAGAGAAAAGUUAGACUAGAUCCUGACCCUAUACCACAGUAUAUUCCAACACCUAUAAAUCCCUUAGAAGCAGAGGGAGAUUCUGUGUACUAUGAUUCCCAAGAUCCACCAACAGUUGAGGCAGAUUUGGAGAAUAAGGAAGGUGUUGAAGUUCAAUCAAAGUACAAUGACAACUACCCUAAGUACAACCCAAAAUCUGAUCCUCCAUUUCUGGAAUUAGGUAUGUACUUAGAUGAUAAUGUCGAAUUCAAGCUUGCUAUGAUAAGUUAUGCAGUUCACACCAAGAGAGAUUUAUUUUGGAAAAAAAAUCAGCUAAGGUAUGUGAGGGUUGAGUGUCUUGGAAAGGGUUGUGCAUUUCAUGUAAGUGCAGGGUGGGAAGAAAGAACCAAGUGUUUUCAAGUUAAAUCAAUUAUGGUGGACCAUAAAUGCAACAACCAAUUCACAUUAGGGAUAGUUAAUCAAAAGUGGUUAGAGUGGAAGUUUGAAGAAAAAGUGAGGCAAAAUCCAACAAUUGGAUACUCUGAGUUAAGCAGAGACAUUAAGUCUGAGAUGAACAUUAAUGUGAGUGUCAGUAUGUGUAGAAGGGCAGUGAAUGGGAUUCUGAAAAUGUUGGAUAUUGGUUAUGAGAGUCAAUUCAAAAAUCUUAGGGACUACGCUCAAGAGUGUUUGAAUUCCAAUCCAGGCAGUACAGUGAAGAUUCAAACAACCAUGACUGUUCCUACUUCACCUGUGGUAUUUCAGAGGAUCUAUGUCUGUUUUAAUGCCAUGAUGAAGGGGUUUCUAGAGGGGUGUAGGAGGUUUAUUGGAUUAGAUGGUUGUUUUUUAAAGGGAAAAUUGAAGGGUGAAAUCCUAACAGCUGUGGGUAGAGAUGGGAACAAUCAAAUGUACCCAAUAGCUUGGGCUGUAGUGGAGAUUGAAAACAGCUCUUCUUGGACAUGGUUUCUGAAUCUUCUAAAGACAGACCUCAAAAUAGUGGACAGUACUCAAUGGACAUUGAUGAGUGAUCAACAAAAGGGUUUAGCAAAUGUCAUACAAGAACUAUUCCCUGGGGUUGAGCAUAGAAACUGUGCUAGGCAUGUGCAUGCCAAUUGGAGUAAGAAGCACAAAGGGAAGGUCCUAAAAGCUCAUUUUUGGCAGAUUGCAAAGACUCCAACAGAAGCACUACUAGCUGAGAAGUUAAAAGAUCUAGAGAAAGUAGAUGCUGGGGCACUUCAUGACCUGAAGAGGUACCCAAUGCAGAACUGGUGCAAAGCUUACUUCAAGGAAGAAGUGAAAUGUGACAUGGUUGACAACAAUCUAAGUGAGGCAUACAAUAGGACAUUAUUGGCAGCAUGGUCAAAGAACAUUAUUCCAAUGCUUGAAGAUAUUAGAGUUGCAGUGAUGAAGAGGAUUGCUAAGAAGAAAGCCAUUGCAGAGAGAUGGAGUGGGAAUUUUGGCACAAAUGUCCUCAAGAAGUUGAAUGAAAAUAUACUUGGUAGUGCAGAUUGGGAAAUCAUCUUCAAUGGAGUUGAUGGAUAUGAGGUCAAAAGGGGAAGAUUUCAAUUCAAGAUAAACUUGGAGUUGAGGACAUGUUCUUGUAGGCUUUGGCAGUUGACUGGGGUGCCAUGUCCUCAUUCAAUUUGUGCCAUAUUUCACAGGGGCCAUCAACCGGAUCAGUACAUCCAUGAAUGGUACACCAAGGAAGUCUACUUGAAGACCUAUGAGCAUGUAAUACAGCCUAUAAACGGAGAGCAAUUCUGGCCAAGAACAGAAGGAGAUGAGAUACAAGCUCCAGUUCCUAGGAAGAUGACUGGCAGGCCCAAAAAAAAAAAAGAAAGGUUGAAGAUGAUGAAAAGAACAAGGACAAAAACAAAUUAAGUUCAGAGGUUAGAAAGAUGUCAAGGAAAGGAAGGAUCAUGACCUGUCAACUAUGCAAGGGUAAAGGCCACAACAAAAGAUUCUGUCCUAGUUUGUCAAGCCAACAACAAGAAGCAACUGCUGCUGGUACCUCUAUGGCUUCUAGUGGUGAAAGAGGAAGAGGAAGGCCUGCUAGUGCUCAAAGAGGAAGAGGGAGGGCUGCUCAAAGUGAUGGUGCUCAAGAAGCAACUGCUGCUGGUACUUCUAUGGCUUCUAGUGGUGAAAGAGGAAGAGGAAGGCCUGCUAGUGCUCAAAGAGGAAGAGGGAGGGCUGCUCAAAGUGAUGGUGCUCAAGAAGCAACUGCUGCUGGUACCUCUAUGGCUUCUAGUGGUGAAAGAGGAAGAGGAAGGCCUGCUAGUGCUCAAAGAGGAAGAGGGAGGGCUGCUCAAAGUGAUGGUGCUCAACAAGCAACUGCUGCUCGUACCUCUAUGGCUUCUAGUGGUGAAAGAGGAAGAGGAAGAGGAAGGCCUGCUAGUGCUCAAAGAGGAAGAGGGAGGGCUGCUCAAACUGAUAGUGAACAAAGUUGUCUUGGAAUCUCAGAUUGCACACAUCAGUGAAGAGUUGCAGCUUGCUUUGGUCAAACUGUAUUUUUGCAACAAUUGAAAGGGUUUAUCUUUUGUUUUGGUGGAAGUGUAUUUUGGCCGUUUAAUUAACAAUGAAUGGCAGUUUAGGCUGAUUUGGUGAAUGUAUGUUGGCUACUCAUUAAGCAGAUUUGGUGAAUGUAUUUUGGCUACUAUUUAAGCUGAUUUGGUGAAUGUAUUUUGGAUACUAUUUAGGCAUUUCGACUACUGACAAUGUCCAUUUGGUAUAUUAUA